AUUAAAUACACGCGUCUGCGCACCGACCCGUUCACGUCACUUUCGGAUACUUCGCCGCCCCGGCGACACGUCGCGCCGCUCAAGACCGUUCCCGCACCAGUACUGCUGUGUCGUCUGCGAAAAACCGUUCGCUGGAUCGCCGAAAUCCAAAAAUACCGAAACGCUGAGUCCGUUAAAUCGUCGUUUCGACGUCCAAACGGCGGUGUUUGUGUACCAGGCGAGAACACUCGCGCGCGUCGUAAUCAAUAGGCCGUGUAUAUAGUACGUGUCGGUGGUUACUAGUUUUGCUCGCGUCAAGUGCUGAGCCGCGGCAGCCAGAAGACAUUUUGUCACCCGCCGUGCGCCAUUGGUGCGCGCGCCUCGCUAUCUACCGUCGUUUAAUAAACAGAAAAUGAAAAUGGUUAUGCAAAAAAUGACAUUUUCAAGAAUAAUUUUCCAAAGAGGACUACAUGGUGCUAACAAAAAGUUAGAUAGUCUCAUAAGAGUUAAUCAUGCUGGAGAACUUGGAGCCGAUCGUAUAUAUGCUGGACAGAUGGCAGUAUUAGGAAAUAGUAAUGUAGGUCCAAAGAUUAAAGAGAUGUGGGAACAAGAAAAAGUACAUAGAAAUAAGUUUGAACAACUUAUAGUCCAAAAUAGAGUACGUCCAUCAUUACUAUUUCCUUUAUGGCAUUGUGCUGGCUAUGUGCUUGGAGCUGGUACAGCACUUAUGGGUCCUAAAGCUGCUAUGGCUUGUACUGUUGCCGUAGAAACUGUUAUCGUAGAACAUUAUAAUGAUCAAUUAAGAGAUCUAAUGAACGAUCCUGAAGCUGAUAAAGAGCUCCUUGAAACCAUUAAAAAGUUUAGAGAUGAUGAACAAGAACAUCAUGACUGUGGUAUUGAUCACGGAGCUGAGCAAGCUCCAUUUUAUGACGCAUUAACAAAAGUCAUCAAAACUGGUUGCAAAGUAGCUAUUGAAGUAGCAAAAAGAGUGUGAAGUUAUUGUCUAUAUGAAAUUAUAUAAUAAUUAUGAUUAAAUGUUUAAAUUAUAUACAUGUUUAAAAAAAUUUAAA